UCACUAGCCUCCUGAGCACUAGCGUCCGGACUGCGUCGUCGUCGUCGCCGUUUUGCUAGUGCUCGUCCCGACUGAUGCCGAGGCUGCAUCGCCGAUGUCUCGCGAAGGAAGCACUGGGUUCCUAUUUCUGUAAUCAUCCAUUUCCUCACGAGGAAAGUCUGGGGGGUGAUUGGGUUGGUUUGGUGUGGGACGAUUGAUUGAUUGUUGGACUCUCUGUUGGAAGAACCAUGGCGGAAGUAGGGAAGAAUAGUGGUGGUGCUCCCAAGAGCACUGACACACUGGAGGUGGCCGCAUUGAAGGUUUUGCUGGAAGGAGAUCCGUGGUUGAAAGCAGAGUAUGGAGACCUCGCGGCCUCGUUGUGGCUGGAGGGUGCCAUCCGGGAAGCCUAUGACGAGGCUGGGCCGCUGCUGGCGGUACCCUCGCGCCCCGCUCGAUCGGACAUGGUGCGUUUAGUGGCUCCACGCGACAUGCCCAAGCUUGGAAAGGCCGGGAGCUUGCAGAGCCGUCAGGCUUUGGUGCACAGUCUUGUUCACACCGAGAGUUGGGCCGUCGAUUUGAGCUGGGAUAUCAUCGCAAGGUUUGGGAAAGCGGAAGCGAUGCCUAGAGCUUUUUUUGACGAUUUUGUGAGAGUCGCGCAAGACGAGGGUCGCCAUUUCCUGUUACUGGCAGCGAGAUUGAAGGAGCUGAAUUCCAGGUACGGCGCAUUACCUGCCCAUGACGGUCUAUGGGACUCGGCAGAGACCACAGCCCACGAUCUCAAAGCAAGGCUGGCCGUGGAGCACUGUGUUCACGAAGCACGAGGCCUAGACGUUUUGCCAACCACGAUUAGCCGGUUCAGAAGAGGAGGUGACGAGGAGACUGCAAAACUCUUGGAAACAGUCAUCUAUCCCGAGGAGAUCACGCAUUGUGCAGCUGGAGUGAAGUGGUUCUCUUUCCUUUGUCUCAGAGACUCUCCAGAGCACCUCCUCACUCAUCCUAAGGAAAACUCGCAAGCUUCAAGGAUGCUUGUGCCAAAAGCAGACAUCAAAGCCGAAGACGACGACGACGACAAGUUGUUAGAAAGUAAGCUCGUUCGUCUAGAUCUAGAUGGUGCGGGGGGUGGGUUGAGCUCUGCCGAUUCGUCCACCACAAACUGCCAGAUGCAAAGUGGGGAUGGAAGCAGUUGCAGGGAAAGCCUCAUGAACGGGGAAGCAGGGCACCAAAAGGUGGACUCCGGUGUGGCUAUGGAUGGGAGACAGACACCAGAAUCUGUGGUGUCUGCAUUUCAUUCUUUAGUGCGGAAUCACUUCCGAGGUCCGUUGAAACCCCCGUUCAACGACGCCGCUAGAGCAGCUGCAGGCUUUGGUCCGGAGUGGUACCUUCCACUAGCCACCAAAGUUUAGUGAAUGUCGGAGGUGUUUACAAUUGUAUUCCUGCCGUGCUUGCGCAUCCACCACAAUCUCGGUCUGAUCACGUUAAUCUACCUCACUUUACCUGUUAAAGUGACACAAACACUCACUCACAUGUUGAUACUAUACUGAUUGAGUUGAUCAACAUCUGGCCUGCUUUGCUUUGUCUUUACUUUGCACAUCUAACAUGAAUGAAUCAUCUUGCGGUUGCAAGGUUGUGGGGCUUAGCACAA